GCGGAAAAUCAAGUCAUAUGGACUCAGGAGUCGGUUGUGUAACGUCUACGUACACAUCUACUAACCCAGAGUUGUAUUUCCGGGAUGGUAAACGCAGAACUGAUUAUGUCCUUGCUUAUCGGUUUUCCACGUCGAAAUAUAACGAUCAAAAUCGACGCCUUCUGUUUCUCAAUGAGCUAGCAAAGCAGAAAAUAGAAAUAGAAGUUGAAGAUUCUAAUGGUAAUUUACUAGGUGCUACUGUAGCAUCAAAUGAAGAUGAAUUUUCAUCAUUAACUCUCAAACCAUCAUUUGUACAUUUACAAACCAGUGUAUCUCUUCACCCCGGAGAACAUUCUGAACCUUUUAUGCCUACUUCAUCUAUUGAUUAUGUAGAACCAGAUAAACCAACAGAUACAAGUCCACCAUCGUGCAUGGAUCGUUAUCGUCACCAAGCUUUGGAUGAUAAAACAAUUUUGAUGACUCCAGAUAAUUUAGUCUUUGUCAAAUUACAUGCUUCAUGGGAAGCAAUGACAUACUAUGCAGAAUAUUUAAAAAUGCGUAAACCACUUCGUCAACUGGAAAACCGACCACCUAAACCUUCUGUUUUAAAAGAUUAUUUUAAAUGUAUACAAUUGGACAAAAAUAUUAUCAAACCGAUUGAUACAUGUUGUACUUGGCCAUUUUCGCUGAAUAGGCAAUACUUAUUUGAUAUACCAGAAAAUAAAGAUGAAUUUUUCACUGCGGUUGAACGAGCUCUUGUUUUAGAUCAUAUUCUGCGGCGUACCGGUUAUAAAUCAGAGGAUUUAGUGAAUACUGAAGAUCUAUAUGAACCUAGCAUUAGUGAUAUAGUAACAAGUCAUGACCUUGCAGAUGAAAACUCGGGAUCAUCGAAUCAAGCUAAUUCAUUGUAUGUAAUGGCGACAAAAAAUCUAGGCAUAACUAAACUGAUUUCUGAUGGAAUUUUCUCAGCUGCUUAUCCAUUACAUGAGCCAACUAAAAAGUUAUCAUUAAUAACUUUACAACAAAAAACAAUAUCUCCCAGUUGUUAUGGGCCUGCUGGUAAGACACUGGCGCCGACCGAAUUCAAUAAUCGAAUCUUACUUCAACGUUAUUGGGCUUCAUACAAAAUGUUGUUCAAAUGUCAACCUAUCAGUUAUAUUCGACAUUAUUUCGGUGAAGCUGUGGCUUUUUAUUUUGCUUGGCUUGGUUUCUACACAGCUUGGCUUUUACCAAUCGCAAUAUUGGGAAUUAUGGUUUUUCUAUUCGGUUUAUUGGAUUUAAAAUCCGACUCGAUUAUUCAUGAAGUAUGUGAUCUCGGUCACAAUAUAUACAUGUGUCCACUAUGUAAAUCAUCGAAAUGCAAAUUUUGGACUCUGGACAGAUCUUGUUUACGUACUAAGUUAAUGCGAUUAGUGGAUCAUGAAGGGACUGUCUUAUUUGCUGUGGUUAUGUCUUUGUGGGCUGUAAUAUUUUUCGAAAUGUGGAAACGUAAACAAGUCUCAUUGGCUUAUCGUUGGAAUGUAUACUCGCUGGAACCAAUGGAUCAACCGCCGAGACCAGAAUUUAUGGCAUUACUUAGUAAAAUGUGUCCUCGUAAAGUGAAUCCUUUAACAGGAUUUGUGGAACCAUUUAUUCCAUUUUGGCGACGUAAAGUACCAAUUAUCUUUCUCAGUUUCUCUACUGUUCUGUUAACUGUGAUGCUCACAUUAGCUUUUCUUGUUGGUGUGGUUUUGUACAAAUUAGUGAUCAAAGCAAUUCUGUACCGUCAUCAUAAUCCAAUGGUACAAAGUACCUCUGGUAUGAUUGCUACUAUGACUGGAUCUUUUGUUAAUUUAGUGACAAUAUUCUUUUUAAAACUAAUUUAUGAUCGUAUGGCCAUUAAAUUGACUGAUGUUGAACAUCAUCGUACACAAGUGGAAUAUGAUAAUAGUUUAACGCUAAAAUUAUACCUAUUACAAUUUGUCAAUUAUUAUUCGUCAAUAUUUUAUAUUGCAUUUAUACAAGGUCCAACUUCAGCUGUUCCUGGUAGUGAUCAUAUAUUAAUUCAGUCAACUGGUUGUGAUCAAGGUGAUUGUCUUUUCGAAUUAUUCAUACAACUAGUUAUAAUUAUGGUUGGUAAACAAAUAAUUGGUUUUAUUCAAGAAUCUUUAAUGCCUAUUCUAUGGAAAUUAUUUUUUAAAUUUCGUUCAAUGAAACGUUCAUCUCAUUAUGCUAAUAAUAUGAACAGUAUAAAUUAUAAUGAACAAAAUUCAGUGACUACUUCCCUUUUACCAGCAAAAUAUCGUUCAUUACGUGGACGAAAUAUUCUAUGUCGUGCUGAUUUUAAUAUGUUAGAUCCUGGAUCUAGACCAUUGUUUAACGAAUACUUAGAAAUGAUGAUUCAAUAUGGAUUCAUUACUAUGUUUGUCCCUGCAUUCCCACUUGCACCACUAUUUGGUUUAUUAAACAAUUUGUUUGAGAUUCGUGGUGAUGCUAAAAAAUUGAUGAAUCAAUAUCGUCGUCCAGUUCUUGAAAGAGUUCAAACAAUUGGUAUAUGGUUGUCGAUCAUUACCGUUCUCGCAAGCAUUGCUAUUCGAACUAAUGCUUGUAUUAUUGCAUUUACUACACAGUUUAUUGACCGAUGUGUAUACCGUUAUACUUAUAGUCCAGAUGGUACUAUGAAGGGUUUUGUGAAUUUCACUCUGUCCUAUAUGUCUACAACUCGUUUUGAUGUUCCAACUAAUGAAACUUAUUGCAGAUAUGAUUCUUAUCGUUCACCCCCUUGGUCUUCAGAACCAUAUGUAUUCACUUCAGUUUAUUAUCAUGUGUUGGCAGCUAAAUUCAUUUUUGUUUUUGCUUUUGAAACUAUAGCAACUAUUCUAACUAAUGUGAUCAUGGCAGCUGUACCGGAUGUCCCUAAACGUGUCAGAAGGCAAAUAUUUCAUGAAACCAAUAUUACAAAUGCAAUUAUUUUAAAUGCAGAAGUUGGCAAUCAACAAUACAAUAAUGCGAUUACAAAAGAUGUAAACUUUCAGAAAAUUUUCAUGUUAAAACAACAACAUGAGAAACUUCAAUCUAGUAAUUGUAAUAUUAAUAAUGAAGUGAUUGAGAACAACGAUCAAGAAGGAAAUAUCGAUGGAAAUGAAACUUGUUCUCAAUCGCUUGUCUAUAAAUAUGUGAGUUUUGAAAGGCCACCUGUUACACUGGUAAGUAUUUUCAUUUUGGAUAGUGUAUUAUUAGCCUAUAUUCUAACAUAUUUCUUAUAAUGGCUGAAUUCAUGAGUGAAUAUAAGCUAGACCACCAGUGAAAACCCGGAAGCAUUAGACGGCCGUUUCGUUCUAGCGUAGGACUCCUCGACAGUGCUCAUUCGCGAUUCCGCACUCGGGACUCGAAUCCAUGAACUUUCGUCUCGCGCGAACACUCAACCUCUAGACCACUGAGCUUGCAUCUGGUGGUAUUACUCAUCAAUGAACGGUUGUAUUAAAAGCUAUUCAAAUUGGAAGGCGAUUCAGAAUUAUUAUAGUUAUGUAUAUGUGUAACACUAAUUUAUGAGUUUUAAACAUGUAUAUACAGUCAGUUAUUUUGAAAAGCGAAUUGGAUUUUACUGACAAAGAGUAUAUUUCUUUAAUAUUAUUUAAGAUAUACAUAUUAGUAUGACGCCAUGAUGAGAAACUGAUUGAAAAGAAAUAUUUUCUUGCUCUAUUUGUCUUUUUAUUGGAAGUAAUAACCGUUUAAUUGAGCAUAACCAUAUGUUUGCUCACAGUUAAGUAUUGUAAGUGGAAAAUUUAUGUAACAUUGCAAAAGCUUCCCUUUAAUGACAUCCUUUUCCAUCGCAUACGUUUUAUUGUAAUCACUCCUAGUUUUCUUUUUUCUAAAAGCAAAUCAUAGGGGAAUUCUAUUAGUUUCGCUCUAAGUUGACGAUACUUUGUGAUAAGUCGAUACUAUGAUAUGUGAAAUCAAUCGAAACUAUGAUAAGUAUCGUUAUUCAUUUAUCCUUUGGAUAAUAACGGUCCUAUUACAUCGCUAGCGUACAUUAGUUUACGAAUAUUGGUCAUCUGUUUCUAACUCAACGACACAGUGAUAACAAAUUGCUCUGUAGUUUAAAGGUCUUGAAUUCCAUUUGACAUGAACAAUAGUACUUUCUGCUAGAGAGUUUCAAACUAAGACAUCAGACUAUUGUUUGUCAAAUUUAGAUAUUAGACAUCUAUCUGCAAGAUUUGAAGAGGUGGAUUGAAAUCGCAUUUAUCCAGGGAUUGUUAUCAGUUAAUUUCCCUACAAAUCUUUUGCCUAAACACUAAGCAUUUGUUCAGUAAUGAUUGACUUUGUGAUUAGCUAUAGUUGUAGCAAGGCAUUGUGUCUGAUGUUAGCAGUAAAGCAGUUAACUACUGUUAUAUCUAGAAAUGGUUGAUUUACUUGAUAUAACUCGUACAACUGAACACACGAACGCCCAAACCCUUCCAAGUCGCAAAGAGAAGACAGAAGACUAGUGAAAGGAAUGUUAUUCCAAACAGUGUCAAUUAUGGGUACAAAUUGUCAGGUAUUUAUAGUUUUAGUAAGAAUAAAAAUCAUCAUUAUAGUCCUCCAAUCCGCAUACAGGGGGUUAUUAGCCUUGUCUAAUCGGGAAGCUACACGUAGGGAUUCUAGAAUAUCCUUCCUAACGGUGAUUGGAUGGAAUAUCUUCGGCUCCUUCUGAGCCUCUUAUAGCUUCCUCGAGUUCACCCGUGGUCCGUCGUCACAACUACCACGCUACAUCGUGAAUUGACCAUAGUUGGAAAUGUAGACCACUAUAUGUAUCUUCAGUGAUCUAAAUGGUAACGCGCUAACCGUAGGCUUUGAGGAUCCUAAAUUCUAUUCUAAAGAGUGUUGUGGGUGUACGCAUAUUGCAGAGGAGUUCCAUACUAAGACAAAAUGACUGUUUACUGCUUCAUAUAAGUGAUACUAAUCCACAACAAAAUUCCACUUCAACAUUGUACACUAUCAUUCACUUCUUUAGGCAUGAAAUAUUAGCACCUAAAAUUCAUUUGUAAACAUGAAAAUAUCUCACCCUUUUACUUCUGUCCUAUCCAUUUUCUUUCUUUCUUUCUUUCUCCAUUCCUAGUCAGCACAAUCAAUGCAUCUUACUGUGCCUAAUUUACAUGAUAAUCGACCGUCUAUUGGAUUCGAUAAUUUAAGCAAUCAUAAUAACAGUGAUUUAAUUUAAAAGCCAAACUUAUAUAAUGUUUUUUCACAAUGUUUAUCCUAUUUUUUGUUCAAUAUUGUCAUUCUUUCAUUUGAAUUAUAAAUAGUUCAGUUUCUACUUCGCUCAUUUAUUUGUUUAUCUUGCCUACUACAUAUUGUGUUAUUAUCAUUAUUAUUAUUAUUACGUAGUUUGUUUUAUUCUGUUUUGUUUUCUCUUUCUAUUUAGUGAUUUGUACAUUAUUGUUAUUUUUUUCAUAUUUAACAAGUAAUGAAGAAAAAAACAUUUUUUUCUAGCCAAUUCAUUUGCUUGCUAUUUGUACCGAAUGAGAACAAUCAUAUCUGAUAAUACAUUAUUGAAUCACAGCAACGACAUUUUCAUUUCAUAGAAUGAAAUAUUCAUUAGAAAUACACCAUUGUUUUAACAGUUAAUGUUCUAACAGAUUUUACUAUUUAAUGACUC